AUGCUCAAGGUCAAGACAGCUUUCACUUUUGACUUUUUCCCUUUCAUCAAGUUUCCACAGAUCAUGUCUCAACCCAGCACGGAGAUUCACGAAUCAACCAAUCCUGGAGCAACAUGCUGCAGCAGCGAAGAGGGCAUCGCCUACAAAGACCUCUCCCCAGAGCAAAAAGAAAUAAGCGACAUUCUACGCAACAUGGAUCGCGAUCCUGAUCUGAUGGGUCUAGUAGACCUCGGCAAAGACGGAGUUUUCCGCUUCCUUGAUGCUGAUCGCAACAUUCACUACGCCGUCCCUCUCCGGCCUGCACUUAUCAAAGCCCUUAUUGAUCGUCUCCCUUAUGACCCAGAAGUCGAAAAGUUCUGGCGUGGUGUCGAUGGGACGAAAGUGCCUGAAGAGCAGUGGUAUAAUCCGCCAGAGGGAAUACUCCCUCCGCCAUUGACGGAAGAUGAGAGGAGGGAGGAGAAGGAGUUAAUGGAUAAGAACAAAGAGAAAAUUGACAAGAUUCGGGAGGACUUAAAGAAUGGGAUUAACCGCGAACGUCUUGUAUUUAUAGAAUCGGAUAACAAGCUUCAAUAG